AAAGAUGGAGAUGCCAAACAUCGAGAAGAAUAUCGAGAUUUUAGUAAUGGAAAUGUUGUAAAAUCGAAUAAUUUUUAACCUGUGCAUUGUUGAUUAAUUUUACAUGUGCUAAAUGACCACAAAUACCCUAGAGGAAGGUCGACAGCACGGUGCUUAGGUGCCAAUCUUUAAGAAAAAAAAAAAAGAUUAAUUUUACAGAUAUAACAUGGCUCAAGCGUAUGACAAUUAUUACAAUGAUUAUCACAAAAAUGCUGAAUUGCAACAAAAUUUGAAGUACAAGAACAAGUAUCAGAAGCUCAAGAGAAUCGUGAAGAACACAGUAUUUGAAAAUGCAGCACUUUGCGAUCAGGUAGCACACAUGCAAGAAAACCUGAUGCUCGUCAAAGAAGAGAGACUGUUUCUUUUGCGUAAGUUAUGUCAACAACAGGGAGAGAUAGAGUCCAGUUCUAUGAUAGCACGCUCACAGUCAAAUGUCAAUUCACCGUCACUCAAUCCAGAAUGUGCUACACCCAAGAAGACAGUAAAAAAGAGAACUUCCACAGAUGGUUCAGAGACAAAGAGUAAGACAAAAAGAUAUAACAAAACUGCCAGAAGAGUGGUACAGUUGAUUCCAUUGGAUAUGCAUGGGAGGCCAAUAUUUCCAAUAGCUUUGGGAGACCUCACAAUAUAUUCUCUUGGUGAAGUUGUGUCAGAUCGAAUUGCGUAUCACACAGAGGACCUUAUCUUUCCAGUGGGCUACUGCAGUACUAGAGUAUACGCUAAUUUGAGAGAUCCACGAACCAAGAGUUUAUAUACUUGCAAAAUAUUGGAUGGUAAUUCAAAACCUAGAUUCGAGAUAGUAUCCGAUAACGACCUGGCUCAACCACUAGUGGGAUCUAGCCCUGACGAGUGUCACUCCAAAUUGUUGGCAGCGAUUUCUCCGACACUUCGUUCGAUAAUGCCAAAGGGUGCAGAUUUCUUUGGGAUUUCUCAUCCCACUAUACAGAAUUUGAUACAAAGUUCUUCAGGAACGCGUAAAUUGGCCAUAUACAAACAGCAGCGUUUCGAAGUAAGCAAAAAUCAAAUGAUUGAUCAAGCUGCAAGUCCAAUAACAGAAGUGGAAACUGAUCCAGGGUUGGGUUUCGCAGCACUACAUAGACAUUACACAUUGAAUUCUUAUAGAGUGAAAGAGGAACCUUCGGAUCACGAUCUGCUAACGCUGCAAGAUCUUCUCUCGUGAUUAUGAAUGCCAAUACGAAUGAACUUUGUUUUAUUGUUAAGAGUAGAUAAAAUUAAUCUCUUGAAUCAAAACGUCCAUCAAUUAUUACUGUUUUUUUUUAUGUUUAAAUCGUUGAUGCAAUCAAAAUAUUUUUCAAUAUUUAUAUAAUAUUUAUUUAAGCCAUAGUGUAUAAAAUGAUUGAUUUCAUGACAAAAGUAGUAAAUAUUAGUUGCUCUAGCAGUAUUAUACAAAUUGAAAUGUUCUUAUUAUAUACUAUUAGCAGUAUUUUAUCGUUAUAUUCACGACACUUUCCGUUUAUCUUAAUUUUCCAUGAACUCAUUUUUCGGACGUAUCAUCCUAUGAGUGAUAUAUGAAUGAUAUGUAUGGCACGAUGCAUAUUUAAUAAUCGGUAUCAACAGACUCGAUUGACUAAAAUGUCUAUCGGCGUCUAUGCAUAAUGUCCCUUCAAAUUAAAUUACUUUGUUUGGUCUUAAUAUAACAUCCGUAAUAAUAAAUAAGAAUAUAAAAUAGUCGUGUGCACAGAGCACCAUACUAUAAUAUAGAAUUGUCUUAAUAUCAGGAAUAAUAUUUCAGCGCUACUUUCUAUCGAUAUUAUAUCGUAACUGGACUGGAUAUCUUACUUGUCGUGUAGAGCGUAUUAUUUUUAUAAUAAUAUAUGUUUAUAAUACAUGUUUAUAACACAGCGCCGAUUGGAGAUCACAAAUUCGAUAUUGAAAAAUGACUAGCUACAGCGUAAAAAGCUUAAAACACGCCAAUUCUGAUAAAAGUUGUUCAAUAAUUUCAAGUUUGUGUGUCACGAUCGAGCAAGUCGUACGUGCAGUUAUACAUCAACCAUCAUAAAUGCUCUUCAUCAUUUUAAAAUACGCUAUAAAUGAAUUGUGCAUUUUAAAACGAUGCAAGAUUUAUCAUGCUUUUUGUACAUACCUUAGGUUAUAGUAGUAAAUAAAUAUUUGUACCGAUUGAAAGUCCCUUUACAUACCAAUUAAGAUAUGACCGCGUAUUUUCUUCGCGAUUUAAAUGUCGAUAAAAAGUAUAAAAUUUGCAUUAUUAUUUUAAUCUUGUUUAAUGUUAAAAGAUAAACAUAUUUUUCGCACGUCAUCCCCUGAUGACUUUGCCUAAACGAUAAAAGAAUACCAUCUCCUGCAAUAGCAAGUAAUAUAUAUCCAAAAAUUUUCCCAAUGCUAUCUCUUAUGUAGCAAUUAUUUCAAAUGUAUUGUGAAAAAUGAAGAUUACUACAUACA